GGUGUGCACUUACGCCCUCUUCGGCGAGGUGGUGCAAGUAGGAAGCGGUGAUGGUCAUGGAAAUGUAUUCGUGACUAGAAAUAAUAGAAAAUAAUUAAACUGUAAUAUUAAUUCAUUAAAAUUUGUCACUUGCAGAUGAGACUUUUGAAUUAUCAUGUCAGAUGUUAUCGACGCUCUCGAGUUAUUUUUGAGCCCGGAAGUUUGUACGCUGUAGUGCAAUCUUCAGUAGUAUCUGGUCAAUGGUGUUGUCAUUUCCUUUUGUUGAGAUUAUGAUAUAAUUUUCCUAACAUUAUUUUACGCGGGAGAAGAAAGUGUUUUAGAAACAAAAAUAAGACUGUAGGUGAAAAUAUUUAUCAAAAUAAAGAAUUUUUCCAACUUUCACGUGGAUAAUGCAUUGAGAUUAGCGUCACAAAGUACUUACACCGUUGCGCACAGUGUCAAGCCACUCGGCGAAUACGUAAGGAUGAUCCCGAGAGUUUUGAUUCGUCAUAGCCGCGCAAAGACUCACUUACGCGCAAUAUGCGAUAAAUCAAAUCUAUUAAAUCCUAGAUACAAUCCUAGCUAUGUGUUCAAUAUCGCAUCAAUAUCUGCGCUACCUCCCGACAGUCCGAUAAACGUCUUCGACAGGAACGCGAAGUUGUUGCAUCGCGAGCGUGCUGCUAGGGAUCCUGAUGUCAAGAUAUAUGAUUACAUCAAGGACGAAGUGGGCAACCGACUGUCCGAUAGAAUUUUCGAUAUCAAGCGCAAAUUCAGUAGAGCCUUGGACCUGGGCUGUGGUCGUGGCCACGUUUCCAAGCGGAUCCUCAGUGAGUCCGUAGAGGAGUUGGUGCUGAGCGACAUGAGUCCAAGCUUCUUAAAUCAGGCUGAGACCACAGAGGGUGUGAAAGUCAUAAAAGAAGUUAUUGAUGAGGAGAUUCCCUCCUUUGAGGCCAACAGCUUUGAUAUGGUGAUCAGCUGUCUGAGUCUUCAUUGGGUCAAUGACCUCCCAGGAUGUUUCAGACAUGUUAACAACAGCUUGAAGAGUGAUGGUGUCUUCUUGGCAGCUGUAUUCGGUGGUGAUACACUUUAUGAGUUAAGUUCCUUGCAAUUAGCUGAACUGGAGAGGCAUGGAGGUAUCUCGCCGCAUAUCUCACCUUUCGUGGAGAUCAGGGAUAUUGGAUCCCUAUUGACAAGAGCAAAUUUUACCAUGUUAACUAUUGAUACCGAUGAAAUAGUCAUUGGUUACCCAAGUAUGUUCGAGCUUAUGUGGGACUUGAAAGGAAUGGCAGAGAAUAACGCAGCCAAGAAUCGUAACUUGCAUCUAUCGAGAGAUACGCUGAUUGCAGCUGCUUCUAUAUACCAAGAGCUCUAUGGGAAAACCAAAGAAGACAAUACCCCGUUUGUUCCCGCUACAUUUCAGAUAAUAUACAUGUUGGGAUGGAAACCUGACCCGUCUCAACCGAAGCCUCUUGAGAGAGGUACAGGAGAGGUGUCGCUCAAGGACUUAUACAAGCUUGACAAGAUAAUCAAGAAAAGUGAAAAGAUAAAACUCGGCGACGACGAUAAGUAGUCUUUAUUAAUCGCGUGUUGAAUAAUGUAAAUACUCUGCAUCUUGUGUAAAAUAUAACGUAUUGUAUAAAUCUCCAAUGAGAGGCAUAAAAAAUAAUUUAUCAACAA